UGAGGAGACUGAGGAGGGAGGGACAGACUGCUCGCUGGGGGAGGCGGCUGCUGCUGUGGCGGAGGAGAGAACCAAGGAGCACCUAUCGAGCGAGUGCGGCGGCGUCGGCGGCGGUGAGGUGAAACACAAGGAAGGCAUGGCGGGGCCGCAGGACUUCCAGCAGGGCAGCUACUGUCACCGGAAGACGUGGCUCAACGUUCUACUGGGAAUAUUGCACUUAAUCUUACCCUGCGUGCAGCACGGAGGAGCUCAGAGACAAGCUCUGAGUCAAAUGACCACCAGCGUGGUUGAGGUCUGGCAGCCGGAGGAUGCAGACACGCUAGUCCCGCUGCAGGUGGAAAAGGGGCCAACAAAAGACGGUCUUCACUUUGAAGAAAGCUCCUCUCUUUUUAAUGUGGAGAAUGGGAGACCGUUGCAUUUCCAGCCCGCAGCGUUAAUGUUCGGAAAUCAGCCGCUGGGGCUGCCGAGAGCCGAAACCAUAAAUGUACACAACCCCAGCCAGGAGGUUCCUGUGACGCUGCUGUCCAUGUUUACAUCCAGCAGGCACUUUUACAUACCUUCCUUCCACAGAAGAGUGAUCCCACCUAGAGGGAAAACAUCUUUUAAACUAAUUUUCCUCCCAUCUGAAGAGGGCAACGUAGAAAACACAUUAUUUAUAAACACAUCAGCCCACGGGCUGCUUUCAUAUCAGGUCUUUGGUGUGGGUGUUCACCAGGGCUCGAUAAAGUCUGUCCAACGGAAGGACAGUCUGCUGGUGUUCCCUCAUAUACAGAGCAUCAAGUUGACCCAAACUCAGGAAGAUGUGUCCAACAUCACCAUACUGGGUCUAGUGCUCGAGUGCAGCUUACCCAAGAGUUUUUUCAUGAAUUCACAGGGUUCCUGCCUCCAGAGUGAGGAGCACCUCAGCCUGCAGAUGGACCUGUCAGCACGCGGCGACCAGCCUGCCGACCUGGACAAGCUCAAGCCUUACGUCAUUGAGCACAUCUUGUUACUGCUAGUGGCCCCUGCUGCUGGACUAGCAGCAGUAGGGGAACCAAAAAUAGGAGUUUAUAUGCAAAAUUCUGGAAGCAAAAGGCUCCAUGUAAAGGACAUCCAGGUGCUGUCCAAAGUGGAAGCCAGUCUGGAAAUAAAUCGAGUUCUUCUGCGAUCAGAAGCAAAAAACUUUACUGAAGUGGCCACCCUCACCCGGAGAGGUUCUACGCCAGGCCACGGAAAGAAAUGUGUUAGUCAUAUCAGUUUAAAGGUUCUAGGCACUCAGAUGACCCACAACCUGGCCGGAUUACACACCACACACAGGUGGAGCACAGAGGACCUGUCCAGCCUUUUCCAAGUGAAACAAAAAACUACAGAGCAGGUAGAUCUGUGGCUGACCAACCCAUUCACGCUGCCACUCACUGUGACGAGCGCCAGCCUCUCACACAAACUCCAGGGGGCGAUGAAGGUGGUGAACUUCAACAGCCCGCUGACUGUGCCACAAGGCUGUUGGCCCGUGUUAUCCCUGCAGCUCUUCAACAGGGCCCUGCCGGCCAGCCACUCCUUCACGCUCGACCUGUACACCGAACUGGGCACAACCGUGCGCGUCCCCCUCUACUUUCAUGCUGAUCCUUCCAAGCAGGGAGACUUGGUCUUUGAGUCCGAGCAAGAGUGUGGACGACUGUGCCCGAUGAAGUUGUCCGAAGCAGGUCGCUCAGAAUGGCAACGAACACUUAUUCCAGAUUUCUCUCACUCGUCUUGGACAGUGGACAGCAAGCUGGCCGCCGAACUGUUCUCCCGGUGGCAAAACCACAAAGACAAUCUGCCUUGCAGGUGGACCAGGUUCCCUGUGGAUACAUCCUCGCCUCUGGAUUUUGGUGCCACGCCCAUCAACGAGAGGAAGGUGAAAACUUUGUUGCUUCAGAACCCUUCCUCAUCUGUGGUUUCUGUGGAAAUCCAGAUUAUUUCCCUUUAUCCUUCACCUCUUGGGGCUCUGGAUCUUCUCACUAAAUGGUUUAAUAUAAGCCCCGUGGCCAUCAACAUCAGCACUGCUGAGUUCUCUCUUUUGGACGCACCCCCUAAGGUGAGCAAGGACCUGGAGCCCUCGAGGGGUGAAGGGGUCCUGCGCCUGUUGCUGCAGCCCUGGGAGUCCCGGGAGGUUGCUGUCAUGUUCAACCCAUCCGAACACAAACCCACCACCACUAUCCUCAUCAUCAGGAACAACCUGACUGUGUUUGACAUGGUAACAGUGAGGGGCCAUGGGGCCAAAGAGCUGCUCAGGGUUGGGGGCAAACUGCCCGGUCCGGGGGCCUCUCUGCGCUUCAACGUCCCUCAGUCCACGCUGAUGGAGUGCAGAGAUGGCCUGCGGGGCAGUAACAAGCCGCUCUUCGCCAUCCGCAAGAGCUUCAAAGUGGAGAAUGCCGGCGAGCUGCCACUCACAGUCACAUCCAUGAACGUCAACGGUUACAAGUGUCAGGGCUUUGGUUUCGAGGUGCUGCAGUGUCGCUCCUUCAGCCUCGACCAAAACGCCUCUUCCGAAAUCACAGUAGCGUUCACACCGGACUUCACCUCGUCCUGGGUGAUCCGUGACCUGGUGCUGGUCACGUCACGAGGCACCGCCUUUCCGUUCACCCUCAACGUGACGCUGCCCCACCACAUGUUGCCCCUCUGUGCCCAGGUUGUGCCGGGCCCCAGCUGGGAGGAAUCUUUCUGGGUGGUCACGCUCAUCUUCACCUGUUUCUCCCUGUUUGGUGUGUGCUUGAUGGCUUUCCAUCAGGCACAAUAUAUCCUCAACGAGUUUUCCAUACCCACCAUUCGGAGCAACCACAACUCGAACUUGUCCCGGGAUAACGGCCCCAUCAACAACAUCACACCCAACACUGUCAAUAAACCCAAGGGCAGCUGUAAGAGCUACGUGGACACCUGCCACACCUCGGACAAAGGGAAGGGUCGUGGAUCCCCGGCGCUCUUAAACAGCCCCGCUCAGCGUCCUCAGUCAUCCAAGAAGAGCCCAUCCAGUGCUGUGUCACAGCCUCAGAAGAAACACAAGGUGUCUCUGUACUACAGCAAGUACAAGCCCAGCGCAGUCACUACUGCGUCCGUGACUAUGGAUGAAGAGCACGAGGAGCAUGAGGAAGUGGUACCCGAACCCCCUCUGACUCCAGACCCUGACGUCUGCAACAACAACAAUGAACCGGCGUUCAUCAGCCAGAUGGCUAAAAAGGCGCCAGUGGACUUUAAAGUUGAAGAUAGCGUGCCAGCAGCAGUUAUAUUUCCAGUGGAAAUUCCUGCUGGCUUCCCUCAAAAUGUCACACUUGGUCCUGGACCAAGACCGGGCCUGCUGCUGUGCAAACCAGUCGAGAUGAGUCACGCCGGACACUACGAACCUGCCGUGAUGCACUGCGAGCAGCCGGCCAGCGCCGAACUACAGUUAAGGGAAGACAGCAAAGGGCCGAAGAAGAAGGCACCUAUUGCAGACACAGGAAGUAGUAGUAGUAAUAGUAAUAGUAGUACUAAUAAUAAGGGAAAAAGAAGUCGCAGGAAGACGGAAACCGUCUCAAGUGCUCCAGAGCAGAAAGCUCCGCUGCUUCCAGAGAGGGAUCGAGAGCCCGACUGGAGUGCCGCGGACCACAACCUGCCUACAUCCCGCAACAGGAACCGCUGCGGCAACGUCCCGGCUGCAGAACCGCCCAAACUCGGACAGCGUUCUGAUAUUUCUGUCAGACAGAACGGAGGCGUGUGUCCUGCCCGCAGUCGGCGAAAGUGCGUUGCCGAGCGGCGCCCGUGCGAGUCCGGCUCGGACUCGGGCAGUUCGUCGGGCAGCGUGAGGGCCAGCAGGGGCAGCUGGGGCAGCUGGAGCAGUGCCAGCAGCUUGGAGGGCGACAAGGAAGCCAGACACGCCUGCGCUACCUCAUCCAGAAAAAGGGACCCCAUACACUAUAGCAUAUACACAGCUGAGCGAGACCCAUACCAGACGGCGAAUGCCAACUGCAAACCCCUCAGUGCGUACCGCAAAGACCAGUGCCAAAGCCCCGAUUCGGCGGUGUCCAGUUUCGCUCCGAGCUUUGCCGCCGUCACCGCCGGGGUGGAGCGGAACAUCGAUCUAACGGGUCAGUUCUUGCAAGAGGAGACGUGGUCGCCACCCUCGGUCCCGCUCACCAACGAGUUCCGGUACAACACCACCGCUGCCGAAGCGCUCAGCUUCAUCCAGCAGCCGGCCUCGCCCAGGCCCUACAAUGGGUUUGCAUGGAGAAGUGCCAACAACCAUUGCAGUAAUUCCUACACCUACAGUGAGGAAGGCAACUACAUAGGAAAUUCAGCAUUUCCAGCGGGAUUUCCCCACCAGGAGGCCCACCGUGUCCCCCCAGGGGGUCAGGCCGGAUGGAACGAGCAAAAUACCCAAGAAUCGCCCUCCACUUGGGACUCUGCGGCCUGUGUGGGAACCAAGCCUUUCUUCUCAGGCACGCGAAGUCUGUCGCCAAUGUCGAGCCUGUUCGGCUCCAUAUGGACACCACAGAGCGCCCCCUACCACCACCACGCCCACCUGCACCACGAGCGCUCGGCGCCCAUGUCCCCAGCGUCGCCCGUAACGUCCCCGCACACGCCCUUUACCCGGGAGUCGGCGGAGGCGCCCGCGUGCGGCGUCGUCGGGGGCGGCGUCCCGUUUUCCAGCUUCAACCCGUUCGGCCCGCACAUGAACCUGGACAUCUGGAACUCGUCGUCCAACCGCAGCUCCAACUCGCAGCUGUCCAACGACUCGGGUUACUGCGGUGACGUUUAAGAAAAAUAAAAGGAAAAACAAUAAGGAAAAAAUGCAUCACAAUAAUUGCAAAAACAUAUAGAACAUGGAUAUAUAUCACCAAGGAAAAAAAAUGAAUGUUCUUUUAUCAAUAAUGGGGAAAAUGUGAAUAUUCCUUUUUCUUUUAUGUUCCCAUUUUCAAACGUUGUGGACAUUUGUUGUAUAUUUUUCUAGAUGUUUUGCAGUUUUGAUCAUAGAAAAUUAAAAACAAGGUUUUGUACUUGAACAAUGU